GGCGACAGCUUCUCUGUGCGUCAAUGGCAUAUCUUCGGUUUCUCGACGACGACGCAUUGCCUCAUGCUUCUUGAGAAUAACCAAACGCAGUCAGAGUUUAGCUGUGUCGACGGAGCGGAUAGAGAAGGCGGCGAGGCUAGGAGAGAAUGUUGGAAGGAUUGGAAAGAAGAAGGAAUUAACGAUGAAGGAAGCAAUUGAAGUGAAACCAAAUACUUACGCGAAUCCGCAGGAGCUACCGGAGGAGGAGGAAGGCAAAAAGAGGUUAAAGGAUUACUUUGAAGACUGCAAAGAUUUGAUCAAAUCGGACGGCGGUCCGCCUCGCUGGUUCUGUCCAUUGGAAUGCACUUCUACUUCUCCAGAUUACCCUCUCCUUCUCUUCUUGCCUGGAAUUGAUGGCACUGGACUUGGACUUAUAAUGCAUCAUCAUAAGCUUGGAAAGAUCUUCGAAAUCUGGUGCUUGCAUAUUCCAGUUAAUGAUAGAACACCAUUUACAGAGCUAGUGAAGAUGGUUGAAACAACGGUAAGGUCAGAGAGCUGCAGGUCACCAAAUAGGCCAAUAUAUAUCCUUGGAGAAUCUCUUGGAGCAUGCCUUGGGUUAGCUGUUGCAGCCAGGAAUCCUAAGAUUGAUCUUUUGCUUAUUUUGGCUAACCCAGCUACAUCUUUCAGCAAGUCACAACUUCAACAUCUAAUGCCUUUACUGGAAAUCAUUCCGGAUCAGUUCCCUCUUAAUCUCCCUUACAUGCUGAGCAUAAUGAAAGGUGAUCCUUUGAAGAUGCUGAUGGAUAAUGUGUUGAAAAGAGGUUCUCUGCCACAAACUAUUGGAGGGCUAUCACAAGAUCUAUUUACCAUGUCAUCCUACCUCCAUGUUCUGACUGAUAUCUUACCAAAAGAAACACUCCAAUGGAAGCUAAGGAUGCUGAAAACUGCUUCUGCAUCCACAAAUUCAUGCCUUCAUGCUGUAAAAGCUCAAACACUGAUACUUUGCAGUGGAAAAGAUCAAUUGCUGCCUAGUCAAGAGGAAGGUAAAAGACUUCAGAAUGCUCUGCCGAAAUGUGAGAUUCGUGUGUUUGAUGAAAGCGGUCAUCUUCUCUUCCUGGAAGAUGGUGUCGAUUUGGUAAUGACCAUCAAGGGUGCUAGCUUCUAUCGUCGUGGAAAACACCUUGACUGCGGCUCAGAUUUCAUACCACCAACACCUUCUGAAUUCAAAAAAAUAUAUGAAUCACAUAAAUGGAUCCUUACAGCUACUAGCCCUGUGAUGCUCUCAACAUUGGAGAACGGAAAGGUGGUGAGAGGUCUUGCUGGAAUUCCUUCUGAGGGACCAGUCCUGUUUGUUGGUUAUCACAUGCUAAUGGCUAUCGAAGUUGUUCCAUUUGUAGCUCAACUUAUGAGUGAGAGAGACAUUCUUUUGCGAGCACUGGCACAUCCAGCAAUGUUUAUUAAAGUUAAAGACAGCAGGUUCCCUGAUCCAUCAAUGUUUGACGUAAUUAGAAUAAUGGGCGCAGUUCCUGUCUCAGCAACUAACUUAUACAGACUUUUGUCUUCAAAGUCUCAUGUCCUGUUGUACCCUGGUGGCUUGCGUGAGGCGCUUCAUAGGAAGGGUGAAGAAUACAAGUUGUUCUGGCCAGAAGAAUCUGAAUUUGUCAGAAUGGCUGCUAGAUUUGGAGCCAAAAUUGUGCCUUUUGGUGCUGUUGGAGAGGAUGAUGUUGCUGAGGUAGUUCUUGAUUAUAAUGAUCUAGUAAAGAUUCCAUGGCAAAGGACCCAAAUAGAAGAAAUGACAGAGCUGUCAAUGAAAUUGAGGCCUGAUGCAACUGGCGAGGUGGCAAACCAACAAGUGUAUACGCCAUGGAUGGUCCCAAAAUUUCCAGGCAGGUUCUACUUUUACUUUGGGAAGCCAAUAGAAACUGAAGGGAUGAAGCUGGAACCAAGGGGCAAGGAGAAAUCUCAAGAACUGUAUUUACAUGUCAAGUCUGAGGUUGAGAAAUGCAUUGCUUUCUUGCAAGACAAAAGAAAAACAGACCCUUUCAGGAAUUUAUUGCCUAGGUUGUUGUACCAGGCCAGCCUUGGCUCCACAGCCUCCUCUUCUCAAAUUCCUACCUUUGAGCUUUAAACUCUUUUUUCUGCUUUGAAAUUUCUUCUAUUAGGGUAAUAUCAGUAUUUCAUGCUUUGUAUUGUAUUUUUUUUUUUCUUUGUCCUGAACUCUAAGACA